GAGAGAGAGAGGUAGCAGUCAGUGCAAUGGGAUAGAGGAGAGCGAGGAGGAGGAGGAGGAGAGUGAAUGAGAGCUGCUGGAUCUGCCUUGCCUGCGUGCCUGCCUGUCGUCUGCUGAAGCUGGGUCUACCAACGCGCCACGCUGCACCGCCACAGAGCACAGCCACGGCCCCUUUGCUCCACCGACGCAUACUCGGCACCGGUUUUUACUCCAGGAGCGGCACCGGCGAGGACGCGACCAGGGACCGAGCUCACCGGGCGUUCUCCGUCAGCAGCGGGGGGGGACGAGGCGACAGCGAAGCGGCCCGACGCUACCAUUUAGGCACCAGCUGCAACCGAACCACAUCCCUCUCCACCUUAUCCCAUCCUUACCAACACCAACACCACCACCACCACCACCACCACUUCUUUCUUGCUCCUCCCUAUGCCCUUGUCCUCGGCAGGUCCUCUCACCUCCCUGGCCAGUAUAUGGAUAGAAGCUCCCUGUUUCAGCUCAUACAAGAGCAGCUGGACCCAGAGAACACCGGUUUCAUCGCAGUGGAGAACUUCACCAGUCUGGUGGAGCACCAUGAGCUGCAGCUGGACCCAUCCAAACUGGACAUGCUGUUAGCCCUCGUCCAGAGCAAUGAAGAGGGGCAGGUGUGCUACCAGGAGCUCAUCGAGCUGAUGAGCAGCAAACGCUCCAGCAGUUUCCGACGGGCCAUCGCCAAUGGCCGCCGCACGCUGCAGAGGGAGAUCCUGCUGGACGAGACGGGGCUGGGUCUGUACAAACGUUUCGUCCGCUAUGUGGCCUACGAGAUCUUGCCCUGCGAGACGGACCGGCGCUGGUACUUCCACCAAAACCGCCUGUGUCCCCCGCCCGUCUUCAUCGCCAUUGUCACCAUUGUCCAGAUUAUCGUGUUCAUGUGCUACGGCAUCAUGCUAAACAAGUGGGUACUGCAGACCUAUCAGCCCGACUUCAUGAAGAGCCCCCUGGUCUACCAUCCCGGACACCGUGCGCAAGUGUGGCGCUUCUUCAGCUACAUGUUCAUGCACGUCGGUUUAGAGCAGUUGGGAUUCAAUGCUUUACUACAGCUGAUGAUCGGCGUCCCUUUAGAGAUGGUCCAUGGCAUCUUACGGAUUAGUCUUCUUUACAUGGCGGGAGUUCUGGCUGGCUCGCUGACAGUGUCCAUCACCGACAUGCGUGCUCCAGUAGUGGGGGGCUCCGGGGGCGUCUACGCACUGUGUUCAGCACAUCUGGCCAAUGUCGUCAUGAACUGGGCCGGGAUGCGCUGUCCCUACAAGCUGCUCCGCAUGAUCCUGGCUCUAGUCUGCAUGAGUUCAGAGGUGGGCCGCGCAGUCUGGCUCCGCUUCUCUCCGCCGCUGCCCUCCUCGGGGCCCCAGCCCAGCUUCAUGGCGCACCUGUCUGGGGCCGUGGUCGGCAUCAGCAUGGGGCUGCUGAUCCUGCGCAGCUACGAGGAGAGUCUGCAGAAACAGUGCGCCUGGUGGGUCAUCGUCUUCUCCUUCAUCACCUUCCUCCUCUUCGCCAUCUUUUGGAACAUCUUCGCGUACGAGCUCCUGGGGGUACAGAUACCACCUCCCCCCUGAUGACGCCAACCCCCCGCCCCCUCCCGAUCCACUGCUGGCCUCCUCCAUAUACACACUGACUCCAGCCCUGCUCCUAACUAAGGUUCCCCUUUGACCGUAGUUAACUUUCCACUUCCUCUCAACUUAGACCCAAACGAAAGGAUACGAGAUCAUUCAAAGUAUAAAUCGACAAAGAAUCCUUUUUUACAGAUACUUUGCAAAUCAAAGAAAUAUGUCUCUUUUAUUAAAGAGGGAUUACAGUAGCAACAAGUACAGGUGAAAGCUCCUCAGAUUCAUUUUGAGGAGCACUAUAUCUUUUUAUAUAUCUUGAAUCUCAUCGGCAUUACCAGCUCUAACCUUUCAGUGAGCAUUUAGCCGUUGUGCUCUUUUUGAAAAGCAGUUUCAUCAGUCGUUCCUUUGAGUGCAUCCGUCAUUCAUGUGCGCAAACCUCAAAUUAGACGAACCCGAGCUCAUGACACGUGCCUCCGGUGAAAAGGAAAGCGGCGAGGUGUGAGCGAUCAGCUCCGGCGGGCGCUCCUUUAACUAACUAACGGGAGCGUCUGCGUUUUUUUUUUUUUUUGCGUGAAGGCACUAAAGCAGUGUAGACGCCUCAAUCUGUGCCACAAAUCAGACCUGCAGGAGAAGGUUUACAGAACAAUUUCUGAAAGCAGCAAUAAAAGAAAAAAAAAAUACAAUAGCACCAAUACUAUAUUAUAGUUUAUAUAGUUUGUUUGGUUGCACAUUCCUGCUGUAACUCGCAGGGGUCACUGUGUGUUUUUGCGAAAUUGCUGGCGAACAGAACUUUCCUUUAAAUUGACAAACGAAUACGAAGACACCAGUCAAAGUGCGCCCUCGCGUAAAAAAGAUAUUUUCCAGAGGAAGUAACGCGUAGAGGGACGAGCUUUGAAUUCCUCAUUUCUUGAAAAUCAUCUAGCUUCUGACACAUCACUUCACGGGAGUCCUUAAAAACAGAAGGACGUCAGUAUUUUCCUUGCCAUUAUACCUACACUGUGGAAACAUAGUUCACACGACGAGAGCGACGCGUGAGGGCGGGAGAUGAAAGUGCGGCAGGAGACGAAGGAACGGGGAAAGCGUCGCUUCCUGUCGCUGAGUCAGACAUCAAGCAUCGACUCGCUUGGCGCACCGUGUAAAAUAUGCCAUGUCAUGCUCAAUGGCUCUCACGAGACAAGGACACACACACACACACACACACACACACACACACACACACUUCUCUUUGUCUUUGAGAGUAGCCACUGCCUGAUUCUGUAGGUCAAACCGAAGAGAAGAACACACACACACACGCACACACACACAGACACACACACAGACACACACACUGGCCUCUGCCUGUUCUCGCUCUGAUAGACUGAACUGGGGAGGGCGCGGAUGUGUCAUCACCUGACCUCUGACCUCCGCGUCCCAGAGGGCAUUGGGGUCUCUUACGUCGGGCCCAGUCAAUACCUCAUUCUUAGGGACUGUAUACAUUUGUAAAGGAAUGUACCUAUAAAGAAAAAAACAACAACAGUGUUAUUAAGUUGUCCCCGUUUUUCAUUUGAUCGUGGAUGUGUAUAUUGUAUGUUCAUAACCAAGAGUAUAUUUAUUUGUAAUUUUUUUUUUGCCUCUAUGAAGGGGGGGGGAAAAAGACAAGUUUCAAAUGGUGCAAAAAAUGAACGCUAUGAUUGUCGUCCAUCUGAUAUGGCUUUUCGAUCCGGUGAGGCAAAAAAUCCCCUGGUUUGUUUGGCGACCACCAACAAGUCGAGCUCACUUGAUUUUAUAAAUCUUCAGUGCUUUACAAAAUAAGCCAUAGAAAGAACUAAUUGGAGAAGGCAAAUGCAAAGGAGGGGGUUAAAAAAAUUUAAAUUAUUUUAAAAAAAAAACAAAAAAAAAAACGGUGUGAAACCCGAUGACUCGUAGCUUCAGUGGAAAGUUUUUUAGUUUUGGUGCGUGAUCAAAAAUGAUUUCUUCUUUGUGAAUAUUCAGCAGGUGAAGUGAAAAGAAGACGAACUGUGCGAGUACAUGCCUGUGAAACCCUGAACUAUUUGCUUUCAUGUAGCAAGACUUCUUUUUUUCUGUUUUCUUUUCUUUUUUUCUUUUUCUUUUCUUUUUUUUUUUACAACUUGUUUGCCGUUGAUCCAGCUUUUGUUUUGCAAGUGCCCGUGUGCAAGUGCUUUUUGGAAAGCUGAGGCGAGGAUAGCAAUUGUACUUACUCAAUGCUACGUUCCAUUUUCCAGUCCUUCAAUCAAUAAUUCAUUUGAAUGUCCACUGGCUGCCUGGGGAUUUUUUUUUUUAAUUUUUUUUUAUUAUUAUCUUUUUCUUUUCUUUUUUUUUGCAUUCUUCUGCCUUGACAGUUGGCAGUCCUCAGCAUUUGCUUCCACAUGAAACUGUCAGCAGUGACAGAAGACUCCGCGUUAAAUGAGGAAACGAGUGCGAAAUAGCCAUAAUAAGCCAUUUUCAGACACAUUUAGAUGAGAUGAGAUCAGCCAAUAUGUGGUCGUGAUGUAUCCUUGAUGGAAGCUCUUGUGUGUACAAGGAAAUAUUAUUGCUUUGGUUAGCAAAGAUAUGAAUAAUGCAUACAUACCCAGUUAGCCUAUAAUGAAGAUGAAGAGGAUGCCUGAGUGGAGGUUAAUGUGCCUCACAUUAACCCAGAUGGGUUGGAAAAAGGGCUAGUAAAUGGCUACGUUUUUGGGAAACACAUUAACUGUGAAUAUAACCAGAUCCUGGGCGUGCACGACUAAAACUGAAGAAAUGCCCAGCGUUGAAUUUAUUUAGACGAGAAGAGCUUGGCGACAAUAGAGAGUGAACAGCCAGGUGGGGCAAAUGUUUUCAGGAGUAGCUUAAGCCAAAUCUAAGCGUGGGCCAAACCGCAGCACCGCCACACCUUCUCCUCCAGCUCGUCCUGAAGGAGAAGAUGCCCUGACCCUCGUCCUUCGAGGCAAAAACAACGGCGCCUCGCAAGACCUCAGCGGCUUUCCCGACGCUCUCGUGUCACAACGCCCCCCCAGCGUCACGAUGAUGCUGUGAGGACACACCAGAGCUCAAAGCAAGACUGUAAACAGGAUGUCCUCCUUUAAUGAGUGGAUCUGACAGGAAGCAUGACGUUAAUUUCGUUGCUGCCGUUGCGUGUUUUAACAGUAGAAGUACAGAUAUGGAUAAUUUACAUCCUCCCCUAAAUAUGGUCCUAACUGCAGAGCGAGAUAAUGUUAAGUGUUUAGUGCCAACUCCUUAUUUUUUGCCAGUGAACCCUCUUGAGUGUACCCGACAUCUCAUUCAGAAAGCAGCUCUAGAAUCUGACAUCUCUCUGUACUUUUGUCAUAAGUGGACUUUUUCUUCCGAUGUACUGUAGUUAACCGACACGUCGUCUUGUGCCAUACGCUCUAAUGCCAUAAUCCCUCUUUGAUGCUGGUUUUUACCUCCCUUUCUCAAUCCAUUGCGCUGUUACUACCAAUGCCUUGUUACACAUAAGCCCGAGAGCAAGCACCAGGCAGAAAGGCUGCGUUGCUGUUUGCCGUAUUUUACACGAUCACGCACAGAAGCUGUCGGAGGCGGACGCCGCCGCGCAAGCAUCCUGGUAGCUGCUCUGAGCUGCUGUGUGCCAACAAGUCAGCCAGGUUGCCUUUUCUUAUUGUUUGAGUUGUACUUAGAUAUGGGGAUUUCUCACUGCUGUUGCUGGGAAAGCAGGUAGCUCCUUAUAUGGAGCUGUACCAACCAACAAGAGUCACUGGAUGCUCAACAGUACACUUUACACUCUCUACACAAAGGGCCCGAUUCAGCUUCGUUUUUCCAAAUUAUUCUGGAUACUUACAAGCCAAAAUAUGUAAAGAUUUGAAAUGAGUGCCAAUUAGCUGAUGAAAUUAGAGUAAACUUGCAGACCACACAUGCAUGAAUGAAGUCUGGAAUAGAGCACAGAUGUAAAAGAAGAGAUUUUUCCGGAGAUGAGGGAACAUUUUUCUGAUUUGUAACAUUGCUAAAGUCUUGGUUUUCCAACUUCUAUCUUCAGUAUUGGUUAUUUUCACCAACUCAAAUACUGUGCCACUGGAGGUCACGCGUUCAUCAGUCGUUUUUUUUUUUUUUUUUAUGUUGUUUUUU